UAGCUACCGGAAACGCUUCCUAGCAAGGUGUUAGAGAAGAUGAAAGCUCCUGAACAACCAGAUGAUGUGCCUUAGAUAAGGCCUCAGCAGCUGGUGGAGGCCGAUGGUUUCCUCUUCGGUUUCCCCUCUCGUUUUGGGGUAAUGGCGGCGCAGUGCAAGGCCUUCUUUGACGCCACCAGCGAUAUAUGGGCCUCCCAACUUCUUGCUGGGAAGCCUGCUGGAAUCUUCCGGAGCACGGGUUUCCAUGGAGGAGGACAGGAACUUACAGCAUUGAAGGCCAUAACGCAACUGGCACAUCACGGCAUGAUGUUCGUCCCUCUCGGCUACACAUCUGGUGGUGGGAUGUUCGAGAUGGAGCAAGUGCGCAGUGGAUCUCCCUACGGUGCAGGGACUUAUGCAGCAGACGGGUCGCGCCAGCCUACGGAGCUCGAGCUUCAGUAAGCCUUUCAUCAAGGUAAGUACGUUGCUCAAAUCACCAGAAAGCUCAACAAGUGAAGAAACUUUGGAAUGCUUCACAAUCUUUAGCAAAGAGAUGGAAAUGCCAAAUGUGAAGUGUUUCGUUUCUAUUCUAU